AUGCGGCAGCAGCAGCCCCUGGUAGUGCACCCAAAGACUAAAAUCCAGCAGCGACAGCAAUUGCAACAGCACAUGUUGAGCAAAAUGACGUCCACAAUCGAAGGAGCUGAGAAGCGAGAGGUCGCAGUUCAAAAACCACCAAGUAAGGGUUCCGAGGAAGGUGAUGCUUCACAGCAGUCGCAACAACGCAGCCCCCAUCAAGAGUUUCCACAGCCCGCAACACCCCCCCCCAAAAGGCAUGAGGGAGCUAUGCGAGACUCCCCAGCCUUGCCUGCCCAGUAGUCGUAUUCGCAGCAAGACACGCUCAUAAUCCUCGACUAUGACGACACGCUGCUGCCCACCAACUGGGUUGCCGUGCAGCAUCGUGUUGGUCUAGGGGACGCAGUGCCCCUGGCUUUACAGCAGGAGUUGCAGCACCUCACAAGCCGAGUCUUGCAGACUCUGUCUCUAUGCUUAGCGGGAGGCCGAGUUGUGCUUGUAACGAACGCAAGUGCGGAGUGGGUUGAGCGUUCGGGAUCUAAAUUUAUGCCCGUUCUUUGGCAGGAGCUGCAGAAACAGCAGAUUGCAAUCUUCUCUGCGAGGGACAGGCUGCAGCAGCAGGGUGUUCCUCAAAGGCUCUGGAAAGUCCGUGUUUUCACUGAGCUCGUGACGGAGACGCUGGGGCCCCUCGUUGCUCUGGAGGGGGGGCCCUGCUGCGUUGUAUCCAUUGGCGACGGCGAGGGGGAGAGAGAGGCGUGUCUAGAGCUCUGCCGCUCGCUUCCGGGAGCUCACUGGCUGUUCAAGUCUCUGAAGCUUCUUGGACAGCCGACAUGCUCUCAGCUGGCUUCCCAACACCUGCUCCUGCAGCAGGCCUUCAGGGAUAUACUCCUCGUUCCUCAGAGCCUCGAUAUGACGGUUCUCGACUACAAGUCGGACGUUGAGGGAGGUGUCGAAGCUUCGGAGAGCCUUUGCCGAUGCAAAACUAGUAGAAUUAGUGCACCAAGCGGAGGAGGCGGGGGGCAGAGCACGGAAGCCCUUCUGCCCAUAUGCGGACCCCAAAAGGCCACUAUUAGGUGCCUGGCAACUCCAAAAUGA